AGCAUCAGCCUAUGUAACGAAUGUUAUCCACAACUCUCUGUCUCCGUCUCUCUCUCAGUUGCAGUUCGAGGGAGUUUGCCCAAUCAAAUCAGCCAUCAUAGCUUUCUCCUUCCAGGCAUCCCUCUUCCUCUCCUGUUGCCGUUGAAGUUGUAACGAGAUCUUUUCCUGUCUCCUGCUUGCUUCUACUUCUGUUUGGAAAUAAUACGACCAGGAAAUCCGAGAAAAUGGCCUCUUCUGCUAUUGUGUCACGCGCUAGUACAACUUAUUCUAGUCCUCUGAGUAGUCUUGCUUCACAGAAUAAGCCAAGAAACCUCUCAUCGUUCCCAUCUUCUCUCAGUUUGUCCUCAAACCAUAACAUCUCUAAUUUCCCUCUCCAAUUUCAUGCCAAGGGACAACCCUUUACCAAGCGAUCUUCUUCAACUGCUACUAGGCCUCUCAGAGUAAUUUCCAUGGCUCCGCCUAAGCCAGGCGGUAAACCCAAGAAAGUGACUGGGGUUAUUAAGCUGGCUCUGGAGGCAGGGAAGGCCACCCCAUCUCCUCCAGUGGGGCCUGCUCUUGGUUCUAAGGGUGUCAACAUCAUGGCCUUCUGCAAGGAUUACAAUGCCAGGACUGCCGAUAAAGCUGGUUUUGUUAUCCCAGUUGAGAUAACCGUCUAUGAUGAUAAAAGCUUCACUUUCAUCUUGAAGACUCCUCCUGCUUCAGUUUUGCUAUUGAAGGCUGCUGGAGCGGAUAAAGGUUCCAAAGACCCAAAGCGAGAGAAAGUGGGGAAGGUUACUAUUGAUCAAUUGAGGAGCAUUGCUCAAGAGAAAUUGCCAGACCUGAAUUGUUCAACUAUUGAAUCAGCAAUGAGAAUUAUAGCAGGCACUGCUGCUAAUAUGGGAAUUGAUGUUGACCCUCCAGUUCUUGAGCCAAAAAAGAAAGAAUUAGUGUAGUGUUGGUUACUUGGUGCAUUUCCUUAUAGUUUCCUUUGUUUCAUAUUUGUGCCAGUUUUGGCCCUUGGACUCUGUAUUUGGAGUUACAGGAGAUGUUUAUUGGAUGGUUAUCAAGUAGACUGAAUGCUGGAAGAUGGAAAAAGCCUCCAAUUUGCAGUGCUGCAGCAAAGUUAUAGCCAUGCAGGACGACUGAAGCAUAUUUAGAUCCAUUUGAUCUUAUCAAGCACGAAACCUUUCCCAUCUCCCCUUCUUGGUAGGUGAUCCUGUACCACCACUUUCUGGUGCACCUGAACUUUUUGAGGAUGUUUUUGCGAGUGUUAGCUAAUUGUAGUAACUCUAUAUCUUGCAGCGUCUCAGAACUUAAGGACAUGUUAGAAGUGAGGGAAAAUCCUGAUUUCCUAUGAAAAUGUUCAUUUGAUU